CGACGCUUGAACUGAAAAACGUCCACGCACGUUGGCGAACUUAUUACUACAGAAUUUCGCCAGGACAAAAUUAAAAAUUGCAGUUUUCCCUGUAAACAAAUUCGAGCUUCCCACCAUUGACUGCAGUGGGCCGGGUUGUCAGCUUCGUUUAUUAUUGGGUAAUAAGAUAGUUGCACAGUAAUACAGUAGAAAAUGGGUAAGUAACGAGUCCUUUUGCGUUAUGCGCUGUGCCAACAACCAUUUAGGGUUAAAUUUAAUCAUCUGCGAGUUGUCAAACGCUUACAACAGCUGUCACUGUUGUGUUCGACCUGUCAUUUCGCCAUGCCGACUGAAAUUGAGAAUUUGAAUCCAAGCGUUUACGCGAAGUGUAAGGAGCGCUCGGUGACCGAUGAGGAACAGAAUGAAGACGUCCCUGAUCCGUUUGAUCAGCGUGAAGUAUUUGACCUCAUUCGCGUUAUUAACGAUCCCGAGCAUCCCCUGACGUUGGAGGAGUUGCACGUUGUCCAGCAGGACCUUAUAACUGUCGACGAUGCAAACAACGAAGUAAAAGUGUAUUUUACUCCUACCAUCCCGCAUUGCAGCAUGGCUACCUUGAUUGGGCUGUCCAUCCGUGUUAAACUCCUGCGAUCGCUCCCACCAAGAUUUAAAGUGUCGGUGGAGAUCACGCCUGGCACACACGCUUCGGAAAAGGCCGUCAACAAACAGUUAGCGGACAAGGAACGGGUGGCAGCCGCACUAGAGAAUGCGCACCUAAUCGAAGUAAUAAAUCAAUGCAUCGCGUCCUCAUAGACUUGGUCCUCAAAUCAAACAAAACAAUAUUUUCUCACUUAGCUUUGUUUAUUGUACGUAACACUCAUUUAGUAAAGUAAUAAACACUUUAACGACUAA